AUGACCGCGAUUGGAAUAGAUCUCGGCACAAAUAAUUCACGUAUCGCAUACAAUACAAGUGGACCAAAUGAAAUUCCGUCUUUUGAGUUGUUAUUGAACGAUCAGACCGGAAAAUCUACUACUCCAACGCUUGUUUCUUUUACUGAUGAUUCAAUCCUCAUAGGAGAAGAGGCAAGAAAGGUUUAUGCUGAUAAGCCAGAAAAUGCCAUUUAUGGGAUCAAGCCAAUGCUUGGCAGACGCUAUUAUGAAAUUGAAAAAUUAUUUAGAAAUUGCCCGUUCAAAAUAUCAUAUGAUUCCGAUGGCUGGCCAAUCGUAGAAAUCACACAGAAUGGCAAGGUCGAAAUGUAUAGCCCAGAAGAAAUGAUGAGCUUUAUUUUUGGCGAAUUAAAUAAUAUGGUUACUUCACGCGCAGGAAAAGAAAAAUCUUGCGUUAUUACAGUACCCGCAAAAUCGACAAGCUCUCAGAGGGCAGCCAUGAAACGGGUGGCUGAAAUUUCUGGCUUCAACGUAUUAAAAGUCAUCACAGAACCAGUUGCUGCAACAGUCUACGCACUUCACCAAGUUCCUUUCCAGAACGGGAAGAUACUUGUCUGCUAUUUUGGCGCAUCUACUCUCGAUAUCUGCGUAAUUGAAGUUGAAAAUAAGAAGUCAUUCACAGUCAAGUCAAUUGCCGGCGACAGCAGCCUUGGUGGCUCAGAAAUCGACAGAUUCAUCAUGGAAGAAAUGAUGGAUCGCUUUACUGAACAACAUCCAGAUUUAGAUCCAUCCAAGAGCCCCAGAUCACUAGCUCUCCUCAGGUAA